AUGAUCAAGCUCUUCGUUUUCCUGGCUCUCGUCGGUCUCUCUUCUGGCCUCAACUUGAUCGGACGGACGCAGUCUGCCGCUGUGAGUUUCGGCCAAAACCUGUUUCGAAAUGAGAACGUUUUUUUAAAGGUAAAAGGCAGGUUGAUGUGCAACGGAAAGCCGGCGGCUGGCAUCAAAGUGAAGUUGAUGGAGUCAGACAGUGAGUCUCUUCUCUUCUGUGACACUACAAACGAUUGUGAUUUUGCAGACAGCUUCGGACCGGGAUUCCUUGACAGGGACGACAAGAUGGCCGAGUCGAAGACGUCAGGCGACGGCUCCUACCAACUCGGCGGCAACUCCAAGGAAAUCACCACAAUUGAGCCCUACCUUGCCAUCUUCCACGACUGCAACGACGGACUCACGGUCAGACAUUAACAAAGCUUUCUCUUCGGAAACGGGGACUUGCAGCCGUGCCAACGGGUGGUGCGCAUCAACAUUCCCAAGUCGUACGUUGAAUCGGGCAACGCAGCCAAGAAGUCGUACGACGCCGGCUCCUUGGAGCUUUCCGGAAAGUUCCCCGGCGAGACGAGAAGCUGUCUCAAUUGAAUUUACCUUUCAAAGCCAUGAACUACACUCUUAUUUUAUUUUUUUCAUAUGCAUAAUAAUAAAUUUUUUUUCUUACAUAACUACCAAAAAAAUUUGUGCCAGAACACCCCUAAUGAGUAGAAGGCAGAAAAACGUUUUCCAAUUUGUUUAAAAAAUGAAAAAAAGGAUUCAGACAAGUCCGCGCAAAAAUGUUGUAGACAAGCAAAAAAAUAUUUUUAAGCGGCUUUGGGAAUCUUUGGGAAAACGGAAGUUUUCAAAAUUUUUCCUGCUUUAUGAAAUCUAAUUUAAAGUAAUUUAAAAAUGGAACAAGUCAAAAUCACUAUCAGGAAAAAAAGAAACGCAUAUGAAUCAUAUGAUAUGAUGGAGCGGAACAGAGAAUUUAGAAUUUUUUUCAAAAAAAUGGAAAUAUGUACCAAUUUUAAAAAGUCGUGUUCGACAAUUCGUGCCUUAAAAAAAUUGAAAUUUGAAUAAAAAAACCAUGCCGUUUUGACGUGUAAACGGUUAAAAAUUUAAUUUUUUUAACCCACGCGACUUUUUAGUAAUGAUGAAUCACUAAAAGUUUUCUUAUCAAUUCUUCGAUCGAGUCCUUCAAAGUGGCAAAAUGGGGAAAAGUAUUUUCGUUCCAAAAAUCCACGGGAUGUUCAGUUUUCCUCAUUUCAUCUUCACACUUCUGUCGAUAGAAGCUAUAAAGUGGUGGUCUCUAUUUUCAGUUGAUCUAAUGUAAAAACAGAGUCCAAGAGUCUUGAUACCAAGGCAAGGGAAAUAUCAAGGAUAAACCGAGAUCGAAGAGAUAAAAUACUCUCAAGACUAGAUAAAAUUAGAAAUGAAGAUUUAUGAGUCAAUUUUCUGGCUUGUUUUGAAAGGGACAGUAGCUUUUAUGUUGGCCUACCGCUCGAUAAUGAGCUCCUAUCAGAGGACGCCAAAUUUGUUCUUAUCUUAAAGGUCUCAGUUAGUGCCACCUGCCUUGGUUUGUACUCGACAUCACCUUCUCUCUGCCAGACCAAACAGGCCGUUUCGGAGUGCUCCGAACUACCCACGUCUUCAGAAGAGCCCAGCUUCCAGAUGACGUGGUGGCGGGCGCUGUGCGCUUCGUUCGCCGUCCUCGCCUUCACAUACAGUGCUGUUCUCCAGAACACGCAAAGUUUCAGGCCCUCGGCGCCGCUCGAAACUUUUUUCGAUGCUUUCCAGAAGCCAAAAGCCGCACAGGUUAUUUUCUUCCAUUCAUAAUCGAGAUUAGCAAGAAGAUGAACUGAGCAAAUUUCAUCAUACAUUUCGAAAAAGUAGAAAGCGAAAGAAAAAUCACGCUUGUAAUUACAGUGAGUCCAUUUAUAUGAGUCACGUCGCUUUUUGUUUCAACCGCCUUCUAACAAAUCUUGAAUCGAGUCUCAUGUAAAAAAAUAUUUUUUUAUUAAAAAAAAACAUAUCCGCUGCAUAAAUUUCCCGAAAAUUUCCCCUCAUGUUUUGUUUCAUAAAUUUUUUUAUAACAACUUUUCAAACUUUGAAAGCUGGAAAUUUUUUUCUUUACAUCUAAAAGUUUAAAAGUUUCCAACUCUAUUCGUACCUUUUAGAGAAUAGAGUUAGAAGCUUUGAAUGCUUCUUAUAAUUCUUUCCCGUUUUCAACCACGUUUAUUUAGGCUAUAUUUAAAGUUUUCAUCAAAAUUCAAAAUGCAGAAAAAAUUUUCUCGCUUGUUUUCAUGACAACUGAAAUGAUCAGACAGCUGAGCUACUUUUUUAUUCAAAAAUUGAAGUAUAUAACAUACUUCCUCCUGUCUUUGACUUGUUGAAAAUCGUUAUGAUUUUCGAAACGCCUUGGAAUAUUUAAUCAAUAAAGGCCGAGCCAGAAGGAUUGCUCGAUAAUAGUGCGUUGCCGCAGUUGUUUGUUCUUGCCAUUUUUUGUCGAACGUGAUAAUUUCAGAGCGAACAUGCUCGCGAAGGCUUCGAAUGCGCCGAGGCCGCUCCAAAAAGCAGAAUUCCUAGCAAGCAAGAGCUGAAACAGAUGUUGGAGAAAGAGGCAAGACAGGACUAUAAGUUCCCCGAACACAUUAGGUGUGAUCCUUGCUUUCGGACAGCAGAAAACGUUUUCUUUUCAGAAAGAAAAGACAGUUAUCGAGGCAGACUUAUCAAGAGUACCUGGACAAUCUUGGUCGAGCAGACUACGACGUUCGGAUCGAAGAAGGUUCUCAAAUUACUACUGAGGAGUUUUAUUAUUUAAAAACUAAGGAUGGCUUGACGUGUUGUAUCCGUUUGGAGCGUGGGCCAUGGACGAUCAAUUGAUGGGACAGGCUGGAAGAGAAACCCAAGCGAACCUCGGAUUCGACUGUCCAUUCUACGGCUUCCGGUUAGUGUCGGCUUCAGUUUCAACAAGGUCAUCAAUUCAAAAACCCAAAAACUGCAGAUUCAACUACACCUUUGUGUAUCCGAUGGGAAUGGUUUCCUUCGCACAGCCUCCCUACACCGCGCCCCCAUGGACCUUCCCAAAUCCGCAAUGGCCGAAGCAAAGGGUCGGUCAGCUCUUCGAUUUCAACACUAACAGUACGACUGUUGAAGAAAAGUGUAGCGUAAAAGUGUUUAGGUAUAUCUAUAUCAGAUGGAACUUCAGCUUUUUUAACAAAGAAACUAGUUGUUUUGAUUCUGAGUUUAAAAUAAAGUUAAUACCUAAUUGUUAUUAUAAAAAGAUUCAUAAAAGCAGUAAAAUGGGAAACUUGAAGGAUCAUUCGUUCAUAGCCCCAUUCUAUGCCGACGCCAUGUUCCAGUGGAUCGGCAGUACCAAAAUCAGCAAUGUCUUCUUCCGAAGUGUUCACAGGCCUCGCGUGCGUUUUUUUUUUUUUGUUGAAAUGCUAAGAACUUAAGGUGUGAAAAAGGCCAAAUGACCUCUUUUCUUGACCUUUUUAUGAUCAGUUGCAAAAGCAAACAGAAGGAUUUUGAUAGGACAGGGGCGAAAAUGGUAGAAUCGAUAUAACUAAUGAGCGAUUCGAUUAAUCGAUUAGACGAGUAAAAUUGUACAUUCAAUUGCAUGCGUUUACAUUAGUGAUUUGGAAAAAUAAGCUUGUGUUCAAAAAAUGACCUGUUUCAGCUGGACGACGACGAAGUGUACAGUCAAAACACUCAAACAAACUACGGAGCUCCAAAUUACGCACAAGCGCAGUACCAGGUUUCAGAUUUCUGUUCCAGUUAGCUGAAAAUUGUCUCUGCAGUCAAACAUCAAUCAGCAAUACUCGAACCCCAACAUCUACAGCCAACAGUCUCCCAAUGUGAACCCUUUGCUGCAGAACCAGUACCAAACCUUGGGACAGGUUAGAAAAUCAAGAAAUUCCCGUUCAUUGCAAUGUAGAGUCCGUACGGAACAGUGCCACAGUAUCGGAAGAAAAGACAGAUGCCUGGCAGGAUUUCGCAGCCGGGAAUGGUGGUCGAUCCACUGCUUCUCGACAACAUUACCCACCACAUAAAGGUCAAUUCGAACUUUUGAUGUUGCCUGGGUCCGUUUCUGGAACAAUGAUAAAAAGUCAUUUAAACGAAGUUAAAAGGAUCACUAAAGUCAUGAGAAAAUGAAAUCAGAAUCGGUAUAUAUUUAGUCUGGAAGAACCAAAAAAAAACUUUCUUGCAUUGGGCCCAAAUUUUUUGCCAGAAUAUGCGUUUUUAGUUGCUUUAUGAUAUUCAAGAAUAAAAAAAGUUGCCCAGAAACUUUCAAGAAAAACGGGAUUUUUAUCCGUUUUCGGCCACAAAUGCGUUAAAAAAACUGUCGUCAUAAAUUCAUAUUUCUCAUUUUUUUCAGUAUUUUCUUUUAUUUAGGAUUGUUAAGCAUAGCCGAUUGUAUGUUUCCCCAAUUUUUUUCCCAAAUCGGUACAAGAAAAACUGUUUUAAAAUAUAAAAAAAGAACCAAAAUGCAACGAAAAUGACGAAGUUUUUUUGAACAGCGAAGUGGGCGUGGCUCUGCGGUCCCUACAUUUGGGUCUACAAAAUUUUGAGUAAUUUGGGCGCGUGGUUGAACUAAAAAUUUCAUACAUUUUUUCGAACUGAAGAGGAUUUUUGGUUUUGAAAAAAGACAUCAUGAUUUACAUGAAGAAAACAUCGGAGGAAAUUUAGGCUUGAAUGUUUUUUUGUGAAACGUGUCAGAACAAUGUAAGCUUUUAAUGAAUUAUUUUUCUCUUCUUCCAUUUAAUCUCAAAUUUUAGGAAGGCUACACAGGAGCUAAUGGAUUUAGAGCUGAACACGCGUUUAUUGUGACUUGGUACAGGGUAAGUUUUGCUCUGGCCACUUUUGCUAUUUUCUUCUUCUAGAUGGCCUACGGCGGCGCUCCACGUGCUCUCGACGUUUCUCAGUUCGAACAUGUGAAAGACUGGCAGAACACCUUCCAAUUGGUUAUUGCAUCCGACGAAAUACGGUUUUCUAGUUGAUGUUAGUGAAAACACUGUUGUUUAAAGGACCUUCGCUAUUUUCAAUUAUGCUCGUCUGAACUGGACAUCCUCCAAUGAGGCCGGAGGACUGAACGGUUUCGGAGGAAAACAAGCGGCGAUGGCUGGUUUCAACGGAGGAAACGGCACCGGCUGGUAUCCGCUGCCUUAUUCUGGACAUGGUUGGUCGAGAAAAGAACGUCUGAGCGACUGCAGAGUUCAGGAAGACUCUGGAAGCUGGGCUAUUUUUCGAACGUCCUCACCCCGGGACGUUGGAUUCACAGAGUCGACGAACUCAUAAUUCCUGCUGGCUGUACCAACGCGUCCAACGGUACGACACUCUUUCUCGCGUCAUUCAAAAGAAAAAAAACUUACAGGGGGCGUGGUUACUGCUCCUCCAUGGGGACCGAUGCAGGGCGGAAUGGCUAUUAACAUCUCAGGACCAUGUCUGCGACCAACGGACAGCAUCAAGGUAAAAAAUGAAUACAAUUUUUCAAUAAGGCAGUUUGAAAAGAAUGAUGAAAGCCACGAAAAAACUGUUGUUUUAAUAACGUAUGACCGUCUAGGAUCAUUUAACAGGAUGGAUUCGUCACGGCGAUCCAUUUUCAGAGUCUUUUUCUAAAUAGUUCGAGAGUGCUUUUUAUUUUGGAAACUACACUUAAACGCAUAAACUGAAGGAGAAAAAUAGGAAAAAAUUGUGAAAAUGUGUAAAAAGGGAAACAGUGUUCUGUGGUUUGCAAAAUGCAAUAGAGCAAAGUUGGGCUCUGGCGAAGUUAGUCCAAUUUUAGAUGUUUGUCGAGGUGAGAGAAGAGUUUUGGGUUCGACAAAUUUCAUUUUCAUAUUACAACUUUUUUCGAUAAGCUAAUUCAAAGUUCUUUCAAAGAUUACUUUCAGCGUUUUUUCAGUCUUUCCCCUCAAAUUACCGGUAAAGAAGAAUAAUAAUUUGAAAUUCUCAGAUCUCAAGAUUAGAGGACCUGGCUUGCCAUUUGGUAAUAUUUCUUUUGGAACAUUGAUCUGCAGGUGAACUUCGAGAACUGGCAAACGGACUGCAAAAGGAUCAGCAGAGUUCGCGCGCGUUGCAUCAUGCCCAUGUUCCAUAAAACAGGAAUGGUCCCCAUCCGAAUGAGUCGAGACGGAGGCCAAAGCUUCCCUUUUUUCGGAAAGUUCUAUGUCGGUCAGUGAAAAGCUAAGGGAACCUUGAGAUGUCUUUCUUCUUGCUCCCAAAUUUUCUGUUUCCAGUUAUGCCUGACCGAGCGCCUGCUGCUGUCACGCUCAAAGAUGAUGUAAAUGACGUGAACAAUAGAUGGUACUUUUUAUAUUCUACUGAAAUAGUAAAAUUAUUAGGUAUCAACCUUACGCAAACGAGCUGACUAUGGGUUGGCAGGCCCUGAACUUGACCAACAACUUAGGUGCAAGGAUCGAUAUAAGUUUAUUUGGAUAUUGGGAAGAUGCUGACAGGUACAGAGAGUGUUGAUUGUCGUUUCUGAUGGGUCUCCAGAUCCCAUUUUGUCAAACUGGACUAUCUUGCUCGUGGUCUUGCCAACUCCGGAAGUUACACUUUCAAACCAGCGACCCUGCAAAAGCAAUAUUUGCUCAAAGUACGUUGUGAGCCACGAUCUUUUUGACGUCCAUACUUUCAGAACGCAUGGCAAAAGUUUCAUUUUGGGUUCGUCCAAGUCGCUCUGGCCGAUGUGGAGGAUGGCGUCCUUUGGAGCAAGCCGACGCCUUUCCCUUGGUACUUGGAGCAAAGCGAAAAGUUCUGAUAGGGUCUUUCAAGGUACCACUUGCCGGAAUGGAGACGACACUACGGCAACAACUGGGCGAUCGACAUGUGCAUCGAAUGGUUCGAGUACGACGGCAAACGCCGCAACUUCCAGAUAGAUCUGACGUCGGACCGGCCUUGUCCUUGCAAGCUUUCGCAGGCGAUGCUCGACCUGGGACGCUACAUGCCCAUUAUGGACUGCGACAAGGACGGCGACACCUCCUGUCCUUUCAAUAAAGGCGCUCAGCACUGCAUCCAGUCCGUCCAGCCCAGGUUCACAACAAUUGUAUUUUUUUUAAGUUGCAGUUCAAUUUUUCUCAGUUAUAAACUUUCCGUUUUUGAAACUAUUUCCAAGAGAAGCAGACACAGAUUUAUGACAAAUGAAAUUGAAAAAAUAAAAUAAAAUACUAAUUUCGGCUUUUUCAUUGUUUUCAAAGCAAAUAUGAAAUUUUUUUUUUUAAUUAAAGUUUUUUUAAAAAGCUUAAUUUCUUUUUUGAAAUAUACGGACUUUCUCUUUCGGCUCAAUAGAAAGUUGUAUUCUAGGGCUCCAGUCUCACGGGCUAAUUUCGGGCUUGUGUAGGGGUUUUUCAAUGAAGUUGACAAGCAGUAAAGAAAAAUCAGUGUGAUCUGAAAUUUCAAAACCUCUUCUUUUACAUACUCCUCUGCUAAUUAUUAGAAGAUACAUUGAGAGCAUCUUCUCAAGUAAGCAACUCAAUAAUUUUAGACGAAACAUCUUCGAAUCAAGUUUAUAACAUCGAGGCGAUUAUUUCCGCCGGAAUAUCAGUUUCUUGUCUCGAUAGCAAACUCUGGGCUCGAAAAAGGGCGAGAUUACAGUUCUGCGGGAUCCUCACAACAAUGCUGCUACGACUACGAUGGCUACCUGAUGUUCACCGACGACUGGGAGCCCGACGGCGACUAUACAAGGUAUUUCGUCGACUGAACUAUUUGCAUUUUUCAAAGACAGCUUUCAAAUACCCCUUUUCCUCAUUGUCAUGUUCCUUGCAGAUUCUUCCAGCCCGGCACGCCAGCUCGAGCUCACAAGUUCGGAGCUCCGCCAUAUAGACUUCCGCCGUUCAUUCCUACAUUGUCUAAUUACCAGCUAGAUCAACUACCGUAUCGCACAUGCUGCAGGUGACACACAAUUCCUCUUUCUCUCUCAAGGAAUAUAUUUGGAGUUAUGCCCAACACUGCGAGUUCUACUAUUGGCGUCGCAUGACCAACGGCUGCCAAGACUACAAAGCUCCAGGAGCAGGGUUCAACCAUCCUGAACCGAAAUGAAGCAACCAUUUGGUUGAGGUACAUCUACGGAGAGCCUCACGUUGUGACUUUUGACGGAAUCCGUUACACGUUCCCUGGCAAGGGCUACUACGUGCUUCUCAUGUCCAACAACCCAGAACACAAGUUGAUGGUGCAAGUUCGCCUCGAACAGCCUGACGACACUCUCUGUUGGUUCAGAUUGACUUUGAGUAUUUCCUCUCUUUAGGGCACUCCCACGUCAACGCCACCGUCAUCACAGGCAUCGCUGUCCAAGAAAACGACAGCUCCAUCGUCCAGGUGCUGAAAUGAGCGCGAAAGAGUUCAGCACAAAGAAUGCAGGUGUUCGCCCGAAAGCCAAUGCGCAGAUGGCGUUAUCGAACAGACGUUUACGUCGACGGUUCGCCGAGAUUCUUCGACCGACCACAUUGGAAACAUCAAACCUUCAAACGUAUCGCAGCCUCUCUUUUUUUUAUCAUCUGGAACCUUUCAGACCUCGACAUACGCAAUCCGCUACAGAACAUGAACCAGUCCGAAGUUAUCAUCAUGCUCAAGUCCGGCCUCGGAAUCCGCGUCUUCGAGAGCUAUGGGAUGCUCGACAUCAUGGUCACUCUUCCUCCCAGCUACAACACGACCUGCCAGGUAUCUCAGCCUCUUUACUUCUCCACAGAUGUCAAUUCAGAUGGGAAUGUCUCAGUCUUCCGCGUUGAAUGCGCCGAUUGGCACCAAUCGAUGCUAUACAACACUUGGGUUGCUAGGUUACUAACCUCGUUUUUCAAACAUUCUUAAAAAGAAUUCAGGAGUAUAUAACAACGAUCCAAACGACGAUUUAACCACACCAGGUGGACAAGUUGUACGAGUUUCCAAUCCAACUUCAACAGCGAGUACCACGCAAAUGAUAUAUGAACAAUUUGGGCAAUACUGUCAGUUUAAAAAAAAAAGGAAAAAAAGACUUAGAAUCGGUUUAGGGAAACUUGACGGUUCGAAUGAAGCCCUUGGAAGUAUACUUUUCCAGGAAAAGUUCAAGGUAAAUCUUACCUGACUUUAGUGACGAAGGGGUAAAACUUUUUCAGCCGAUCUACAACCCCUUAUUGUUCGCUCAGUCUGGUUAUGUUCCUGUUUUCUGGCCUCAAUAUCUUGAUAUGAACGCUUCUAGAGUCUUCACAAUGGACCAAGUGAGAUAGUUCCUCGUUUCCGAUGUAUUUUCUGGAUUUAAGGUCGUGAGCACAUGCCAGAACAAUCCAGAAUGUGAGUACGACUACAUUAUGACUGGAAGGUCUGGAUCUCAUUCGAGAAACUGUUCACUUGCUUUUUAUUUUAGGAGAGAGGUGGGCCUGACGACUCUACGUCGACAGAAAGAGUUCCUGGCGCUAAAGAAGAUUGGCUCGCAACAAUGUCAGGACCACAUUUUUCUUUUUCCCGUCCAUUCGAGAAUUUCAGUGAUAUCAUGUGGUCCUCUGUUGAAGAAGGAAGGGGUGGUGAAAACGCCUCCGGCGGCAAAUUACCUGGACGGCGACCGCGUCGUCUUUUCCUGCAAACCCAAGUACUACAUACACGGCGACAUCGAGCGAACUUGUCGCAACGGAACUUGGUCGCCAGGCUGGUGGGCCUGGUGUCGAGGUUCGGCUUUUCUCUUUUCAAACUGAUUGCACUGUUUCUUGCAGACAGAAACCUCGAAUAUGCCCUCAAAUGGAUGACUGCUCUCCUAUCAAUAUUUGGUGAGAGAUAGUGAAGCGAAUACAUCUUCUAGUGUUUCAAAACUUGUGCCGUGUUCCAAGUGAUUCUGCGAAAUUCAAAAGAACCGGCAGAGAGGGAAGAGAUGACUAAUUUUUCUAGAGUUAGAGACAAUUUUGCACUUCGCAGCAAUUACUUUGAACACGGCAUUAGUCGUCCUGUUCCUAAAACAAACGCCUCUUAACUCGAAAAACCAACAUUAUUCCGUAAUGAGGGUUCUCUUAACAGGAAAUAACUUUGAAACAGAUACAUUUUCUGGAUUCGGAAAAUGUGCAUAAUCGAGGAUUUUAUGAACUUUUAAGUCGAAGAACCUUUGGAUUUUCCUACUAGUCUCGAGUUUGAAGGAGACUUUUCAGAACUGUCAGGAAAAAAGGAUCCAGAGGGUCGAAACGAUUAAAAAAAUUAUGUGAUUUUUCCUGAAAAGAUCAAAAAAUACAUUCCAUUUUUUGUAAAACAUUUCUUAUUCUAGAAGGUCGAAGCGUUUUUUUUUUCUGAACGACGAUUAUCAAAAAAUACAAAAACGAACUACUAAAAAAAGUACUGGAAAAACGAGAGCAUUCAGUAACUCAUGUUUUUUCGACAAAUUAGGCUCGAGUCGAGUAGGAAAAAUGAUGUUAUUGACAUUUAGCAUCAUUUUCAUUUUUAUAGUUGCGAAAUAAAGAGCCUUAGUCAUUAAAAAUUUUUUAGAAAAAAUAAAAAAAAAGCGAAAUUUCAGGUAUCGUCUUGAUAUUUGUGAUAAUGUUCUGCAUACUAUGGGAAGCCAGGAAGAAGCGCCAAAAGGAAUACGCAGAAAAUCAUUUGAUCAAGGUUUUUUUGAAAACUGUUUAACUGUUUUUUUUUUUAAACUGUUCUCCAAAAUUUUUCAGAAAAACUUGAUAAAGCCUCAAUACUCUUUUUUUUCAGGAGGGCGAACUAUUCAGGAAGCGGAAAAGCAGUAGCGGAAUCGGAUCUUUGUGAGAUUCAAAAAUAGGGAGUUAUCAGAAGCAGUUUCAGACCCGAGAAAGAACCACUGGCCGACGUCGAUUUUGACGCUGACAAUCGACGUUCUUCGCGAAAGACCUCGGGCGAUAGGAAGGUUAUGCCCGCUCCUACGGUUUGGCGUCUCUCAGGACUUUCGAAGAUGGAAUCUUAGAGUGUUACGGCCUGGAAUCCCUCUGGAAACCUCAGUUCUUUCCGCGAUGACUAUGAACCUCCGAAGACAUACCAAGGAACGAAUCCACAAAGAAAUAGCUACUUCGAGUCGUCUGCAUUUUGA